CGAUGCAUUCCGGGCAGAGCCGAAGUAAACCCCGGAAGUAUUUUUUCACGUAUUGUGUGUCGUGCGAGUCAGGUCUACAAUGGGGGGGUUAUUACAAUGAGGCAAAUAAAACCUUAUUAAUGGUAUUGCAAGAAGUGGUAAUUAAACGGCGAGUAGGACCAGAAAUAUACGGCGCCGGGCUCUGGAUGCUGUUGUGUCGCCUCCCUGACGCAGGCCCCUGGAGCAGGCAGCAUGUCACUGUGAGGCCAGGAAUCUGAGGGAAGAAUGCAGUCUUCAGGCCACCGGCUGCGCGAUGUUGAGCAGCACCACCCGCUGCUGGGUGGGGAGGAGGAGUCUGAGGCGGGGGCGGGCCCCGGGGGGGAGGGCGAGCGGGUGUGGUUCAUCCAGGACGGCUGCGGCAUGGUGUGCGCCUUCAUGACCUGGUUCCUGGUGCUGUACGCCGACUUCGUGGUCACCUUCGUCAUGCUGCUGCCGUCCAAGAACUUCUGGUACGCGCUGGCCAACGGGGUGGCCUUCAACUGCCUGGCCGUGCUGGCUCUGACGUCACACCUGCGCACCAUGCUGACCGACCCGGGGGCGGUGCCCAAGGGCAAUGCCACCAAGGAGUACAUGGACAGCUUGCAGCUGAAGCCCGGGGAGGUCAUCUACAAGUGUCCCAAGUGCUGCAGCAUCAAGCCGGAGAGAGCCCACCACUGCAGUAUUUGUAAGAGAUGCAUCCGGAAGAUGGAUCACCACUGCCCCUGGGUCAAUAACUGCGUGGGAGAGAACAACCAGAGGUUCUUUGUGCUCUUCACUAUGUAUAUAGCCCUGAUUUCUACCCAUGCCCUUGUCCUGAGUGGGUUCCAGUUUUUCACCUGUGUCAAAGUCCAGUGGAGUGAGUGCAGCGACUUCUCCCCGCCGGUCGCCGUCAUGCUCAUGAUCUUCCUGUGCCUGGAGGCGCUCCUCUUCCUCACCUUCACCGCCGUCAUGUUCGGCACCCAGAUCCACUCCAUCUGCAACGACGAGACGGAGAUCGAGCGGCUGAAGAACGAGAAGCCCACCUGGGAGCGGCGCGUGCGCUGGGAGGGGAUGAAGACGGUGUUCGGCGGCCAGCCGUCCCUGCUGUGGAUCAACCCCUUCGCCGGACUGCGUCUGCGGCGCCUUCUGAUAACACGGUCGCGCAAGGGCGGGCCCGAGUUCUCCGUCUGAGGACGUCCCACCCCCACCCCACCCCUCACCCCCCGCGGAGCGGCGCCCCCCCCCCCCC